GCCUCUCUGGGCACUCACUCAUUCCUGGGGUUUGAAUGCACGUUGGGCUGUAAUUAAGAACUCUUGGAGGCGUACUUAACUUGUGACGUGGUGCUUUUCUUUCCCUCUCGACGAGAAAGUGGCUCCUUCUUCCCUGAAUCAGGACCUCUGCCAUCCAGAGUCACAAAGAGACAUUCUGGACAUAUCCUGCACACACAAACUUAAGUGAAGAAGAUUCUUUUGGCUAUAAAAAAUGAAGAGUCUACUCUUUCUGGUGCUGAUUUCUAUCUGCUGGGCUGAACAUACUGGCAACUACACUCUGGAGCAUGACAGAAUUAUUCACAUCCAAGAAAAUGGACCCCGUCUACUUGUGGAAGCAGAACAAACUAAAGUCUUCUCGCACAGGGGUGGCAAUAUCACACUACCGUGUAAAUUUUACCGUGAUCAUACAUCAGCUGGCUCAGGAACCCACAAAAUUCGUGUCAAGUGGACCAAACUCACCUCAGAUUACCUCAAGGAAGUGGACGUCUUUGUCGCAAUGGGACUCCACCAGAAGAGUUAUGGAAACUAUCAGGGCAGAGUGUUUCUGAAAAAAGGCAGUGAAAAUGAUGCUUCUCUUGUAAUCACAGAUAUAACACUGGAGGAUUAUGGGAGAUAUAAAUGUGAGGUGAUUGAAGGAUUGGAGGAUGACAUAGCAGUGGUAUCUUUGGAUUUACAAGGUGUUGUAUUCCCUUACUUUCCACGGCUGGGUCGCUACAACCUAAACUUCCAUGAGGCUCAGCAAGCUUGUCUGGACCAAGAUUCUGUUAUCGCCUCCUUUGACCAAUUGUAUGAAGCAUGGAGGUCGGGGCUGGAUUGGUGUAAUGCAGGCUGGCUCAAUGAUGGAUCAGUUCAGUACCCUAUCACCAAACCCAGAGAGCCCUGCGGAGGAAAGAACACAGUGCCUGGAGUUAGGAAUUAUGGGUUCUGGGAUAAAGAUAAAAGCAGAUAUGAUGUUUUCUGUUUUACAUCAAACUUCAAUGGCCGUUUUUACUACCUAAUACAUCCAACCAAGUUGACCUAUGAUGAAGCGGUGCAGGCCUGCCUCAAGGAUGGAUCCCAGAUUGCUAAAGUAGGCCAGAUAUUUGCUGCCUGGAAACUUCUAGGAUAUGAUCGCUGUGAUGCCGGCUGGUUGGCUGAUGGCAGUGUCCGCUACCCAAUCUCAAGGCCAAGAAGACGCUGCAGUCCUGAUGAAGCAGCAGUGCGCUUUGUAGGCUUCCCAGAUAAAAAACACAAGCUAUAUGGUGUCUACUGUUUCAGGGCGUACAAUUGAAAGUACCUAGAGCACAACAAUUUUAAAUUCAUUAAGAACAUGUGAAAGAUUUCUUUUCUAUACGAACUCAUGCAAGUUACCAAAACUGUGAUAAACCUUUUUUACUUACUGUAAAGAGUCAUUUUCAUAAGUCCAACCCUUUAAUUUGAUUUUGUUUUGUUAAUUCAACAGACAUUUUAAAUUAAUAUAAUUGAAUGAAAGCUCUAGGUAAGGAAGCUUUGGAGCCAAACUCUUUAAGCCACACCAUCCCAACGAAGUAUAUUUUUCAUGAAUGGAGCAUGCAAUAGCUUGACAAUUGCUAGGACUAAAUUAAGAAAUGUAAGGCUACUCAAAGCAGAAGUUUUUUCAAGCACAAAUUUUACACAUUUGUACCAUUUUGAGAUGCACUACGAAAAAUUAGAUUGGCAGUUUUGAAAUACGAUAAUUUUUCUUAACGGGUUCAGUGAGGUUUUGCAAAAUAAAAAACACAUUUUCAAAGGGGGACAAUAUAUACAGUUUGAUGAAAACAGCAACUCAAACAGUGCACAAAAUAGGACUUGUUUUACCAUUUAAAAUCUUGCCUUCCAGAAAAAUAAGCUCAUAUGUGAGCCAAUGCGUAGCAAAAAGCACAACUAGAUCUCCUGAACAUUUCAAUUUGUUUUUAUUGUGUGUAAAACAUUGAUGAGUGGGUGAAUAAUUAACUAAUGAGUGAACCCUACUUCUUAGUUCAAACUGAAGAUGCCUGAGAAGUGUUGUAUUAUCUUUGAGUAGCUUUACUGAGUUAUUUUUAAACUCUAAAGGCCAUUUGCUAAGCAGCAUUUAGCAUCUACUCAGGGCAGUUGUAUAGAUGAACUGCUGGACAGAUAAAUUGUAAAAUUUAGCAGCUUGAUUUUAUGUUAGCCUUUGAAAUGUUAUUGUCUUUAUAAAAAAUAUUUCUGUUAUUUACACAUCAUGAAAGAUAAACAUUUGGGAAAAACACAUUAAAAAAAUCAACACAGUCUCUACAAUGAGAGAAAAAUCUAGUCCCAACAAAAAAAGAUAAAAAACAAAACCACCCCACCAUAUUUCCUGUUUGUAUACAUACUUAAGCCCAAUUUAUAUCCCAAUACAAAUAUUACUGUUUCUAAACCCAUCAAAUAAAAAUAGUAAAUGUGGUCAAUUCAAUCUGGUUUUAUGAUUCAUCAUUAUUAAGAUUAAUGGAAAAUGCUAGAAAUUGUUAGCAAUUUCACCACAAUCUGCAGAGGUCUGCAUGGGAGACAUUUACCUUUGUCUUCCAGUAUCACAGAAAGAAAGCACUAUGCACAGUGCAUGGAGUUUCCUGAGGGCACCAAUUCUCAUUAAAUUAAUACCCAAUUCCCCUGAAUUUGAUAUCUGAGGCCAAGAUUUUUGUAAGCGACUAGUGAUUUUUGGAUGCUUCAAUUCUGGGUGCCCAACUUCAGACACCUGAAAGUUUUCAAAGAGUGGGUGCUCAACACUUUCUGAAAAUCAGACCUUAAAGAGGACCCAAAAAUUGGGCCCCUCAAAAUUACUAGUCACUGUUGAAAAUCUUGACCUUUGCAAAUCCGUUAGACAACUUUGAAAUUCCCAUCUGUAUUAGUAUCGCUAUUAAAAACAAAGCAAAUGUAGAAGUCUGUUUUCCUACAUCAUGUUUGCUGACUAUGAAGAUUUCAGAGGACCAAUAUUUGUAUUAAAUGAAGUUUUACAGUUUCCAUAGCUAAAUGAAAUAUAGUAUUAUCCCAGUACAACACAGCUGGUAUGCUUUCAUGGAUAUUUUUGUGUAGAUUUCCCCCCCCCCUCCCCCCACAUGAGUAAAUAAAUCUAUGAUUCCUGAAAUGACUGUGGUUCCGUUUUAAAUGCAUGGCAGGAUUGUAGUAGAAAGAUAUUGAAUUGGUGAGCAUCUUGCCAUUCCCAACAAGUGCAGAAGGCAAAAUUCCUUCCUGGUGAGACCUUUGUGAAAUAUGGAUAUUGGCUCGUACUUUCCAGGUGAAACAACGUCAUUGAAAAGAAAACUAUAAUAAUAUUUACUUCCACAAAAGCCAGGGUUUCUGGCAACUCAAGCACAAUGUAAACAUAAGUGAUUAUAAUAUAUGCACAAUUAAAAGGCCAAAUCAUACCUCCCUAUAGCCAAACGCUCUCAACUCCUUUCCCUUCAGAAGGAGGUCUCAGUUACUUUAGAGGAAUCUCUUCCCCUCCCCUCCCCCCCAUACACACUUCCCCACGCCUCCACACCACUAUUUCUCACAUACAUACACACAC